GGCACCGAGGCCUGUUUGACCACACUUUACAUGGUAUAUGUUCCAGAGUAACUGAGAGGAAACUACAAGGAACUUGUCCACCCAUCGCUCGUGGAAAUUUUGGCAAACCAUUCUUGGGUGCCAACAGUUAUAGUUCUCCAUUUUUUAAUCCCCGUAAUGAUUUUCACACAAUCCAUUCAGAGAACAGCCCAGUGAAGCCCAGGAUUGUGACAGUGGUGAAACCAUGUGGACACACACUCAGGAAGAUCACAUUGCUUCUAAACAGGCGAUCAGUCCAAACUUUUGAGCAGCUGGUGGCUGACAUAUCGGAAGCUCUGGGAUUUCCACGUUGGAAGAAUGAUCGUGUAAGAAAACUUUACAAUCUGAAAGGAAGAGAAGUAAGAAGUGUCUCUGAUUUCUUCAGAGAAGGGGAUGCAUUUAUAGCUAUGGGAAGGGAACAGCUAACUUUGAAGAACUUGGGAGUGGUAAUACAAGAACUUUAUCCUGAUAGCCCAUAUGCUCUCAGCAUCAUUCAGCAAAACUGGGAGCAAUCCCAAAAGCUUAAGAACAGGCUACUUGACAAGUCUUUGAAAGUGGAAAAAGGCUUUGAGACAGAGAUUGCCAAGAACUGCUGCGAUGCCAUACCUUCCCAAGCAGUUGCCAGACAUGAAGGAAAAGCUCAAACUAAGACCAAGCAAGAGGAAAAAGUUAAGGCCAAAAAAAAGUGGUGCAGAGAAAGUUGGGGUAGAGACCAAGAUGUGAAGGCUUCUAGAAAAGCCAAAGAAGGAGAAAGGUACUUUAACCAAGAGAAAAGUCCUGAGAACAAAAUGGAAAAGAUUUCAGAUGAAAUAAUCAAAUGUGAGAAGUGUGAAAGAGAGAGACAGCUCAGGCAAAAACUACAAAGGGAAAGACAGGCUGAUGUCUCUUUUGAGAGCAGAGACCUUAACAUGGGAACAUGUCAGAGAUAUAAUUUAGAACGGAAUGUAAAAAUUAGGAAUUUCAGGAAGUCUUCAGAAAACUCUAUGGAAGAUGAUGAAGCUGGAUGGACAGAUAAUGGCUGUAGAAGAAGCUGGAAGCCUGUGAAUCAUAGGAACAUUAAUGAUGAGCUAGAAAAACAAAAGAGGGGUAUAGAGAAAGAAAGAGAUUUAGAAAGGCAUGAAAAUCAGGACAAAGAAUUAGUAAAAAUAAAGAAAAUCCCUGUAGAAGCUAUUCCGGUGACUCAAGAAGCAAAGAAGGAGAAUGGAAGUAGUUCUGCAAUUAGUCAAAGUGGUAGGGUAACAAAAGACUGUCAGGGAGACUCAGAUAAACCAGUAAAAAUGCCUGGGAAGAACAAAGAUGGUUGGAAGCCAAAAGAGGAAGGUGCUGGCGUGGAAAACAUUAUAACACGUGAAGAGGGGGAACUGAAAAGAGCAGAAAAGGUGGGAGAACAUAGAGCCAACAAAGAAGAAAAAAAACCACAAGAAUUUGAAAGCAGAGGUCUGAGACAUAUUGUCAAAGGGAGAGGUGAUGUGGAGAGCUACUAUGAAAUCGGCAGAACUAUUGGGGAUGGGAACUUUGCUGUUGUGAAGGAGUGCCGACGGUGCAACACAAACCAGAUCUAUGCCAUGAAAAUUGUUGACAAGUCCAAGCUGAAGGGGAAGGAGGAUAUGAUGGAAAGUGAGAUUUUGAUCAUUAAGAGCCUUUCUCAUCCUAAUAUUGUGAGCUUGAUUGAGGUGUAUGAAACCGAGGCUGAGAUCUAUCUAAUCUUGGAGUAUGUUCCAGGAGGGGACCUAUUUGAUGCAAUCAUAGAGAGCGUAAAGUUCACUGAGCAUGAUGCAGCCCUCAUGAUAACAGAUCUGUGCGAGGCGCUAGUUUACAUUCAUGCCAAGAACAUUGUUCACAGAGACCUCAAACCUGAAAAUCUUCUGGUUCAACAUAAUGCAGAUAAAUCCACUAGACUAAAACUAGCAGAUUUUGGCCUUGCAAAGCUGGUUACGAAACCCAUAUUUACUGUUUGUGGAACUCCAACAUAUGUUGCACCUGAAAUACUUGCUGAAAAGGGUUAUGGCCUGGAAGUAGACCUGUGGGCUACUGGAGUGAUACUCUACAUACUGCUAUGUGGCUUCCCCCCUUUCCGCAGCCAAGAGCGAGACCAAGAAGAGCUAUUUCAAAUAAUACAGCUGGGUCACUAUGAAUUCCUUUCACCGUACUGGGAUAAUAUUUCUGGUGCAGCCAAAGAUCUGAUAAGCAGGCUGCUGGUAGUGGAUCCCCAGAAGCGCUACACAGCUCAGCAAGUUCUUCAGCAUCCCUGGAUCAGAACAGCUGGAAAAACCAACAGUAGGAACCUGCAGAGGGAAGUGACAAUUAAUAUUGAGCGCCAUUUUCGGAGCCAGCGCAGGAAGGAAGUUGCAAAUGAGGACACAUGAAGUUCCUUCAUGUCAAGCUAGCCUUCUCUCUUCUGUGUCUCUCCCUUUUUUUUUCUUUUCUAAAUGAGUUGGGCCCAGGGUUUGUUGUUGGGCAUUGUUGCUUGCCCUUUUUCUAAGAUUUUGAGAAUCUGGAAAAGUACAGGAUGGUGAGGCCAAUCUCCACUGAUGUUACUGCGAGUUGACUUCAAGUGAGCAUUGGCUUGGUCACCCAGUGUGUCCUUUUUAAUACUGAAUUGGGUCUAUGUUUAACUACACAGUUCUUUUUUGUAGAUUAAGAUGCGUUUCUGCAGCUAACAUUAGUGAUCAUUUGGGGAGAUUUUCUAUCCUUAUUUUGUAUGGCAGCUGCCAGAAGCUUUGUGUUCCUGGAGCCUUGUUUAAUGAUCAGAUGUACACCCCCUGCACAAACUUCUGCACCAUGCCUUUACACAAAGUACUGUUAGCAAUAGGAAGUAUGAAAAAACAACUAAACAAAAGUAUCCUUUAGCUAAAGGACACAUUAGACAUGAUACCGAAUACUUUGAUUCAAUGUAAAUAGUGGUGAGCUAAUCCAGGUACGGAAAAACUUGAAGCCGUCUUCUUUCAGUUGUGUGUUGUAUUAAUAUAAGGGUUGAUGCAAAACUAUGUGAAAACUUAAGUAUGGAGGAGGGAAUAAAAAGUGUUUCAGCCUUAUGUACAGAUUUAAAUAUUUUGCAGUACCUUUUGGGAAACAUCCUCUGUUAGUCAUUCUUGGAGACUGGGCAAAAGACCAGACCAUCAAUCUAUUAUGGCUACAAUAACUUAUUUGUUUCUAUGCUGAUUCAUUUUUAGGGCAAGGUAUAAGGCCUUGCUGUGUGAUGCUGAGGAGGACCUUUCUUCACAUUCUGGGAACAAAUCUGGCAGUUUCUGAGGGAAUUCUGGCUUCUUUUUAUACAGGAGUAUAUCAGUCUUUUCAAGAUUAAAUUUCACAGAUUCACAUUGAUGGAUCUUGAUUCUCACGUACUGAAGGAGGCAGAGUCAUGGAACUCCCUUUGUGACCUGCUCUUGUUAGCACCCAUGCUUCAGUUUCUCUUCCCUUAACUUGGUGGCUGCUUAAUUGCCUUUCUGCUUUGCUGGUGUCUUGUGCUAACUUUUUCCUUCUGGUGCCUUCCCUGGUGUCUUUUCCUCUAUUUCUCUCUCCUUAGGGUUUCACUUGGAAGGGCUAGAAGUAUGACUAAUGAAAUGAAAUUAGACAAAACACUUAACUCAGGAAAAAUAUUUAGAUUAUUCUAAGGAAAAGUCUGUCAAGGGAAGUCAUAGAAGUUUCAUUGCUCAAGUUAUUUAACACUGGACUCGGUAAAAUAAAAAAAUAAAGAAAAAAUAAGGAAAAUAAUGUGGUCCUUGUAUGCGAUAUACCUUAAUACAUCUUUUGUAUUUCAUGCUUAUUUAUUAUCAACCCAAAAACUAAAAAGGAUGUUAAUUGGUGGUUUACAGUAAACUGUCCAACAGCUCAAUAGUUGAACAACAGCUGACAUUUUAAACGUUAUAAGCAUUGAGUUAAAAACUCAUGGAAACGAAUAGGUCAGUUCACAUUGCCAAACUUAUCAUUGCAGUCUCUCUCUCUGUAGAUACAGAAAGAGAAUGCCAUACCACUUCAUAAUCAGAAACACACUUUUGUAAUCAUAAAGGUUAGAAUAAUUUUAAAGCUGAAAGCUAAAACUGUGCAAAUGAGUAAAAUAUGACAGUUGAAAUCUGCUUCAUAUCACUGAGUGGGAAAUUGCACCCUCAGUGAAAAAGUUGAACUAGAUUAUGUUCAAUGCAUACUGAAUUGAAUUCCACAGCAGAUGUUAACUACUAAUCAAACAAAACUCAUCAACUUUUAAAUUAUUCCAAGAAUUAUAUUUACAUGAUAUACCAUACUUUUGUCUUUAGGCUCUGGUUAAGUAAAGCCUUCCUCUUCAGGAGAGAAGUAAAGCAUAUGCUCUUGUGCUUUCCUGGACAGAGAUGGAUUUCACCAUGUGCUUAAGUGCAUUCCUGAGUCAGGGCCUUAAAGAGAACCAGUAUUAAAAACCUGCUUCUGGUAAUUAUGUCACAGUCAUACAUUCCCCACAGCAAACCUUUAUUAAUUCUAUCACUGACAUGAAACUAUGGAAAAACAUCUUGUGACAGACAAGAUCAAAUAUUACACUUCUUUCUAAAUUAAAAAUAAAAUUUGAAGUGACAAAAGCAUGUUGCAGAGACAGUGAAUAUUUCGGCAUUUGCAGGUCACCUUUAAGAGCACAGUGUGUUGCUCCUUUCAUGGUAAAUAGGAGACAGGGCACACCUGUAAAGAAUAUAAAAGGGAUUCUUUAUUUUGGGGUCUUGUUCUCUUCGGCUUUCUAGAUACCUGAUGACUAGGCACAGCCUUGUGCUACCAUACACAAUCUCUUAAGUCUCAGCCCCAGACUAAGGAGGGGAACUGUAAGUAUGCUUGGAGGCAGCAUAGAGCUGUUGAUCUUGCAUAAAGCUGAGGCACUCCAAUCUUUAGCCUCAGGUAAGAGAUACAAAGAGCUUCUCAAUAUUCCUCCUCAGGGAUUUUGUAUUUUUUUCACUCCCCUUUCAGUUGUUCCCUUCUUUUUAUUUUCCUUCUGCUCUGCUCUUCCCUUGGCUCCCUGACCAAGGGGUAGGAUCUAGAGCCACCCAGUCCACAGUACUUGAAGCUAGCACUUAUCAGCGACUGCUGGCAGGUGCACCUGGCUCAGCCAUGAGAGCUCAGGCAAAGCAAUCUGGCAAAGGGAGGUGGUUCUGAAAGCCCCAUCCUGCCUCAAGGACUUCAUAGAAUCAUAGAAAAUUAGGGUUGGCAGGGACCUAAGGAGGUGUAGUCCAACCC